CAGCACUGCGAAUUUUUUGUGAUUUUUAGCUAUACUGACAUUUCAACAUAAUCUAAACGUUUUAUUGUUUACCGAUAGUUUACUGUGAAUGUGGGUUAAAUUUUCUACAAUUAAUCCUAAAAAAAUAUCACAAAAUCGUCAAAUCAUCAUUCCAUUACGUAUACUAUAAGUAAUACGCGAAUAAACUUAUACGCCGGUGAUUGGCAUAACAAUGUUGAAAAGUAUUAUUUCUGUGCUAUCAUGUCUUAUUGUGGUUUCGUCCACGAAAUUGUCUUGUGAUUUUAACGUGAGACUCACACAAACGCUUCGUAAUGAGGGAUUUCACAGGAAUAUAACAUAUGAAAUAGUAUUCAACGCAGAUGAAGACAAGCCUCGUCGGGAACUGUUAGGCUGUGUUGUGGGUUUGCAUCAGGAACUGCCAGCCGGAGUAUUUGCUAACCCUGAUGAGCUAGAGGAAUUGAAGCAGGCGAAUAAGCUAUUUGUGGUAUCACAAAACGUAAUCAACAUAGAGCUGCCGGCAGACCAGUCGAACCCGAGCAACCUGCAUAUCAUGGGUCGGGUCACAGAUGACCAGGCACAUCUCUGGCUACCGGUCCAUGCUCGGUACCAUCAAGCGACUUCUGGAGGAGGUAUGGCUCGAAACGAGAUCUACCCUCCCAGGGUACACCUGUACUGUCCCGAACUUCUGCGCUGCGACGGGCCGACGACGCCUAUGAUCUUCACCUGCGAAGACGAGCCGAAAAACUGCUGGAACAGCUACAAGGAGCUCCCAUACACCGUGCUAACGGACACCCUGAUAUGGGAGGUGCCGGUGGGCAACACGCAGUACUACUACGCGGUCGCCGGCGCCACCGCGCUCGUCGUGGUCGCGGGGAGCCUGUACUUGCUCAAGUCUGUACACCAGUAUAAGCGGCAGUGAGGUUAAUGUCAAUAAAGUUUUCGGCUAAAAUGUAAUUCCAGUUAACCCUGAUAUGGGAGGUGCCGGUAGGCAACACGCAGUACUAUUUUUUUGCGUUAGAAAUAAGGUAAGCGAUUUAGACGUGUCUGUUUAUUGAAAAACACUUUUGAAAAAUAAGUCACGGCAAAUAUGUAACAAUUAGAAAACAUAUACGAUCAUUUACAUUCUGUUACUUUCAUAAGUAAUAAAUAGUCACAGAUUUUUAAAAAGUGUUUUCCUUUAAGAUUGUUUACCUUUUUUCUAAUGUAAUAUACACGAACUGGUUGCGGGCGCUGCCGCGCUAGUUAUGGUGGCGGGGAGCCUGUACUUGCUCAAGUCUGUACAUCAUUUAGCAGCAGUGGGAUAAAUGCUUAAAAAAGUUUGUGACUAAAAUGUAAUUAAACUCAACUUUCGUUUAAUAGAUGGCGCUACGGAAGCGUCGAACAAAAUGGACGGUUCUGACCUGCUGUGUAAGUGACGCCAUCUAUCAAUAACUUGAAUUUUGGAUGAACGCGAUUUGAUACAUAGUUCGUAAGCGAUAAGACUUCAGGCAAAUCAUCAUUGUCCGCCGGCUUAGCGAUGCUCGUAACCAGUCAAAUUGUUUCUAAUUAGGAACGAUUUCCGCUACAUUCUUAACGCGAACGCAUUAUAUGUAGAUGUUGUAGGUCUUCAUGUUUUAUUUAUCUCAGGUUUUUAACACCGUGACGACAAACACUAUAUCAAAGAGUUAUUGAUUGUGAAAAGAUGUAAGGUCUAAAAAAAAAGGUUGGCAACUUAAACGGAUUUACGCUGUACGGCGCUUUGUGUAAUUGUCAAACAUGACCACAUUUACGGAACCGUAUAGUGCCAUUAGCGUCGUCUACAAUAGCUGUCAAGUUCGAAGCACGAAUAUCUAAGGGCCACCCCACACUACCUAGUUGGUUACUAAAUUCUGUUACUGCAAUAAUCUUUACCUAGAUUAAAGUUUAAAGUUGAAUAAACUAUAUAUUAGAAUGAAGUACACAAAAUCAGGAAUUACAUAUGACAAUAUCAUUAAAAAUGGCCUCCUCUGGCCUUGACACAGGCCCUCAAACGACGAGGCCAGUCAUCAAUAGUGGCACGCACGAUUGUCAUGUCUAAUCAUAUUGAUAACUAUCAUCCAUUAUAUUGAUAACUUUUUUUAGGGAGCUUCUCUUCACAGACAUGUGUAUUGCCAACAACUUUUGCUUCCGGACGGGGUUUCUUGCAAUUCUCGCCUUCUCUGCCUUUAUUAGAGCUGGGGUCCGAACGGUGCGUGGUCUUCCAGACCUCUUGCGGUCAUCGAAGCUCUGAGUACUAUUGUAUCUAUUAAUUGUGUGAUAAACAAAUUGUUUGUUGAUUUUUAGGUUUUCAAGCAACUUCAAAAUCAUGUUUGGCGGGUGCCCACAUUUGUGCAACGCAAUUACUGCGAUAAGAUUCUCUUUUAGGCCCCAAUUCAUUAUAGAUACGACGAGAUAAGCGUUAUGUGUGGUAUAUAAUUAUAACUCUGGGUUGGAAGGGCAGUCGCUUUCGUAAAAAUUAGUGCCUACUCCAAAUCUUGGGAUUAGUUGUCAAGCGGACCCCAGGCUCCCAUGGCAAAAUGCCGGGACAACGCGAGGAAGAAGAUAUAAUUUUAUUAUAACUCACAAAUCCACCAUAUUAUGUCAUUUUUUUAUUUUUUCGGUAGCAUUUGUUUUAACGGAAUUAAAGAGGUUGCAAAAAGAGUAACAGAACUUAGUAACCAACUAGGUAGUCUCCCGGGCGUCGGAGUCUAGUCAACUGUAUGGCUGCUGCUCGACGCAACGUUGGCGCAACUGCGCAGCGACGCCGUUUUCCAUAGCGCUGACUAGACGCCGUCGCUCAAAAGACUAGAGUGACACUCCUUAAUAGACUCUGGCCACGCUAACUUUACACCUACUUGACAGUAACAAUACAAUACAUUAUAGUAUAGGAGCGCCAUAACGUAGCACUUGGUAUGAAAACUUAGCGUGAUCCGUUUUUACUAAAAAUGAAUCUGUGAUUACACCAAAGACAAUUUGAAAUAGAGGUGGAUUGGAUUGUCACAAAAUUUAUAGCCACAGUAAAUUUACUGCCAUCUUUCGACACAUGAUUAAAACUUCUAGAACGCCAUUUGACUUUGAUCCUUAAUCUUUUACUGAUAUGUGUUAAAUUUGUUAAAUAUCAUAAAGUGGCGCCAUCUAAUAGGUCAUAGGCCAAAGGUAUGGCGGCAUCGUUUCGAGCGAUGGCGCCACUAACUUUAGCC